AUGACUAAUGGCCGCCAGAAAGUGUCACAACGGCCAGCAUUCAAAGAAGAUCUGCGUGGUGACAGAGAAACGGAAGCGUAUUGCAGGUGAGAUUCAGAGAAGACUUGUCAGUGCAAGUUUCAGGCCUGAUCUAUUGUUGGUUAUACAAAAAACAACCAUUCGAGAGAAACUCGCCGAGCACGGACAUUGCAGGAUAACCGCGUGUGUUAGUUGGUUCGAUUUGAGCAGAAUGAAAUCCUCGACAAAGUGAGACUCAGAGGAAAAGAAAAAUAUGAUGUUUAGGUAGGCAAAUGAUUCGUUUUUCAGCAAGCUUUGUGAUGAAAAGUUUGCUCAUUUCAGAGUGAAUGAAAGAUCGUUGGUUCUAGUUGCGUGUUCAUAAUCCGACAGGAACUAUGCAAUUAUUUGACACGGAGGACUAUUGUCUGAUGAUGCUAGUGGAUGUCAGAUGCUGAAAUCUUCUUGAUGAGGACCUACCCCUUUUGAUUCUAUUUUUCCGUGACGGUGCGAAGAAACACCAGGAUCCGGUAAUCCUACUUUUCAGAGUUUACUAAGUUAUCACGGUUGUCUCUUCUUUCAAAAUAGGGAGAAGAGAACUGCUGAUUGAUUCUCGCGGCUAAGAACGGAAACGGGACCAAUUAGCCGGGGGGCUUCCUUAGGAUGCCCUCAUGCUCAAAGAGAUUCCCGGUUUGCAGGUCGGAUAGAAAACACAGUUCUUCAACGUCUAUGUAAUGUAUGCGAAAAAGUUCUCCCGUGCAUCCGCCCGUCCUCCCUGUAUUCAGGUACUCUCCUCAGACCAGGGAUCUAGGCUAUCAAGCCAUUGCUUACUGACCAAAAGUUGGGAAAAAUUUUUUUUUCAAGUAACUGACCAAAAGAAAUUGUUGUCGCCGUGAUAUUUUUUCUUUCUUUUGAAAGGUGUAUAAUCUGUUUAUUUCGUAUUAAACUUUUUGCGGAAUGCUACCUCUAAUUUAGUGACGUCAAAGGUUUCAUCGUACAAGUGGGACCGUCUCUUGGGGUAAUGAAUUCACUCAUAGCAUCAAGUGGAAUGAAUUGAGCAUGUUUUGGCAAUCAUUUUGAUAUUAUAACUUGCCAAGUUUUGUCGAUUCGUCAGUGAACUACACUCACUGAAGUACUAUUGACAGUGCAUAAACGUUUGCAGCCGUGUUAGGGCAGCCGUGAUAUGUACCUCAUCAGCAGCAAGUGCGCUGGAUAGAGCAAUCCAAGAGGAUCAUUUUUAUACCAUAACUUGCCCCUUUUUCACUUUUUUUCGCUUAGCUGGACUUGCUGACUUUACAUCAAUUCGUUCACAUUUUAGUACGAAAAGCAGCAAGUCUAGCGCCGUAGCCAUGACAUAUACAUACCCAGCAGCAAGUGCGCUGUGUAGAACAAUCCUAGAGGAUCAUUUUGAUACCCUUACUUGCCCACUUUUGACUAUUUUUCGCUGAGUUAGACUUCCUGACUAAAUCUACCAGUUGCAACUGGUCGUUCCAAAAAAAUUACCAGUUGCAACUCGGGUAGAUUUAGUCAGCAAGUCUAACUCAGCGGAGAAUAGAUGAAAUCAUUCAAGUAAGGGUAUCAAAAUGAUCCUCUAGGAUUGUUCUACACAGCGCACUUGCUGCUGGGUAUGUAUAUGUCAUGGCUACGGCGCUAGACUUGCUGCUUUUCGUACUAAAAUGUGAACGAAUUGAUGUAAAGUCAGCAAGUCUAACUCAGCGAAAAAUAGAUGAAAUCAUUCAAAUAAGGGUAUCAAAAUGAUCCUCUUGGAUUGCUCUAUCCAGCGCACUUGCUGCUGCUAGAAUAUUUUCAACAUCCAGAGUGCUGCUCGCAGAGCCAAAGUUGGAAAAAUCAACUUUUCCAGUGUUUUUCAGAAACAUCCAGAAUUGUGCGCGCUAAGGAUUUUUUUGGGGUCGAUGAACACGUUCCCAAAAAAAGCAAGUGAAAUUAAUCAGCAUUCAUCCGACGGCACGCAUCUGAACUCAGAUAAUUUUUUUAGCAAGGGUGGGGCACGCGAGCGGCAAGUGGACAGCAAGUUGCUACGGUAGCAUAGGAUGAGCAUGUCAGCAGGAAAAAAAGUGGGAUGGGAAGGAAGCAAGGUUUUUUUGAGCGGCAUAGAAGCAGCCACGGUAGCAGGGUUCAGCGCGUAGCAUGCACGGAAUCGGCACCCUUUACAGCAUUUUUGCCGCAGAAAACGGCAUGCAUGCCGCUUCCAGUCGGCACCCAUGAAGAUUCUUGCGGCCGCGCUUCUGGCUGUUCUCAGACUUAAGAUGCGUGCCGUCGGACGAAUACAAUCAGUAUUUCACUUGCUUUUUUUGGAAACGAGUUCAUUAUAAUGUAAACUAACUAGGGUUGGCAGCGGGGCGCCCUCGCCCCCCGACCGGUUUUUUUCCAAAAUCGAGUAGGAAUUUUUUUGAAAAAGUUUUUCUCAACGCACGUUGAUAGUGAAUAAACUCAUUAAUCUACUAAAUUUUUUUCAGAAUUUUUAAUUACACUUUAAGGGGCCGGGGGCGAACGAGGGUGUGUGGGGCGCGGGGGCGCCCCGUUGCUAACCCUAAAACUAACAAAAUGACACAAAUAAGCACGCACGAAACAGCCAUAUUUCGAAAAAAGCUAAAUUACUAAAAGCUAGGUCAAAAUUCAUUUAAAAAAAGACCCUGCUUAGAGAGGCACUUGCUGACCAGCCGGACCUCGCUCACUGACCAGCAGGUGCUUCAGACCAUGGGACUUACUGACCACGGACCCCCCUGAGAGUUGGUCCUAGAUCCCUGCUCCGCAAUCAUCUUCCCGAGCACAAUGCGCACGGUGACGAACCCGAUCUGCUGUUGCUCUGCGCGACAGCGGACGGCGAGAAAGAGAGCACGCUUCUGGAAUUGGCGGUCGACGGGCAAGUCGAGGUCGAGCUGGUGUACCUUCCGAAAAUGAGAUACGAGGAGAAGGCGUGGAUCGCGACGAUCGAGCAACGAGAGACGAUUCUGGAGAUUAAGAGGAACGUGGCCGAGACGCAGAACAAGACGGAGGCGACGAGGGAGUCGUACGUGCCGUGCAGGAAAGAGUUUUUGGAAAUUGCCUCCGUUAGUUCUCGAAUAUUAUAGUUCUCCUAGUUCUCGAACUUUAACUACUUUCAGUUUUGGCCAAUCUUCCCGUUCAACAAGAAGUUGAGCCAGUGGGCGCAGAAACUCAACGUCGACGAAAAAAAGAUUUUAAAGAGAUGAACCUCUUCCAAAUCGCUCAUCUUGUCAUCAGUACGGACAGGAAAAAGCAAGCAGAAGACUCGAGUGAGUUCAUUUUUUUCGCCUUUUUUUGUACCGAGUAUCAAAGUUUGAAGUUUGCAGGCGGGAUCCCUGUGGAAAGAGCUUGUGGAGCUUGUGAAAGCAAAAGAUGCUGCACAAACGAAAGAGUUUAUCGCGAAGAACUGGCAGAUGAAGAUCGGAAACUAUACGAGCCAAUACGUGGUGAAUGCGCCGGAAGUUCGGGCGGAUCACAAACUUCUGUGGACCGGCCUGCCGCAGGGGCCGAACAACAAAAUGAACAGUCUCGUUGCCAUUAAGGCCGUCCACGAGUACCGAAUGCUCGCCGUCCUCCUCAAAACGCCUCCGCAAUGCUUCCUCGAACCGUACUACGAGGCGAAAACGUCUCCACCGCCGGGAACAAGGAUCUCCUAUCGGCACUACUGUCUGCUCCAUUCGCGAUGGGCUUGCGACAGUCUCGGAGGCCGAAUCAAUGAAUUGAGUGCGGCGGAACAGCAAAAGUUGUUCGACAUAAGCUUGACAAUGGAUACCGAUGAGCCGGAAUCCUGGCACGAUAUGUUCGUGCUCCUUUUUCCUUGA